CGAGCGCUGGCUUGUGUCACUGGCGCUGACGACAGCAUCCGCCCCCGCAUCCCGUCGCCAUGGCAACCCUUUGUUACCUCCAACGCUCGAGUGGUCCAGCCAGGGAGGGGGCUGCCAGGGGUGGUAUAUAGCCAACGCUGGGGGGGAGCCGAAGAAGGAAACUCCAGAUCUCCACCCAGGAGGAAGGAAGGCGGAGAGAAACGCUGGGGAGGAAGGCAAGAAGCAGGGCCAAGGCAGCAGAAUAUAGAAAUCUAUUAUUAUAUAUGCAUAAAUAAAAAGAGAUCUAUUUGAAAGGAGAGAAGGAAGGGACGAAGUAGGGCUUGCAGCAUCCAAGCGGACACAGAGGGAUUCAGAUUCUCCUCUUCUCCCCGGGCCUAAGCCUCUUCCUUAAAGGCCUCUGGGGAUAUUUUGCUUUUAAUAAGCAGGAACAGGAACUUGAGAGAACAGUUUUCACACCCUUCUUUGAAAGACUGCAAGAAACUGACUGCUGUUAUGUACGCUGAACCAUCCACCAUGAAUUUCCGGAACCACGGCUUCUUCCGCCGUUCUCCACCCCCUUCAGUAACCAAACCGUCUCCUGCUGCUGGGAACACCUUGUCUGUCUUAGGAGGUAUCGCCCAAAUCUCCCCAUGUCUCUACCUUUGCUCUGGCAAUGCAGCAUCCAAUAGACAUAUGGUCUACUCGAGGGCAGUGACUUGUGUUGUGAAUGCGACAAUGGAAAUCCCCAAUGCCAACUGGCCAGAUAUUGACUACGUCAAGGUGCCUGUUCCUGAUCUCCCUCAUGCUCCCCUGUCCUUGUACUUUGAUUCCGUGGCUGAUAGGAUACACCAAACAGGGAAGAAGAACGGAAGAACCCUUGUCCAUUGUGUGGCAGGUGUAAGCAGGUCUGCCUCCCUCUGUAUUGCAUAUUUAAUGAAAUACCACCGGUUGAGCCUCUUGGAUGCUCAUGAGUGGGUGAAGAGCAGAAGACCUGUUGUGAGACCCAACGUCGGCUUCUGGAGGCAACUCAUUGAAUAUGAACGCAAGCUGUUUGGCAAGAACACUGUCAAGAUGGUGCCUUCACCCAUCGGGUUGGUCCCAGACAUCUAUGAAAAGGAGACCCGUGGGCUGGUCCCCUUGUGGAACUUAAGAUAGAUAUUGAAUAACUUUGGGAAGAUGGUUGGGUGGUGGGUUGGCUGGAUUUAGGAUCAAAAUAUUCCACCAUGGUAGAACCUUGGUACAACCUUCCAACAUGGUGGACCUUGAUAAGAAAUUCUGUUAUGGUAGUCUUUUUGUAAGACCUUGCAAUAUUAGAUUAUGAGAAAGUUGAGUUGCUUGGAACUUUCAGUGUGGUAGACUUUGAUGUUUGGUUCCACCAUGGCAGACAUCACCAAGAACUUAAUCUUACUUAUUCUGAGAAGAUAGUUAAGAACAAAAAGUAUAAAGAGUAAUGAGUUUUAUCUAAAGCAAGGCCACCAUAGUCUUAAUAAAUUACCUCUCCCCAGUUAGGAGUUAGAAAAUUAAUCUUUUUGUGAUAGUGUCAUAACUACUUUCCAGCAAUGGAUUUUUUAAUUUUUAAUGAACAAAAUACAUUUCUCUCCCUCAGGGAGUGAAAUUUUAAACACCAGGGCGCUUAACAUUACUCAAAAUGUAUAGUGUUCAAGGAGUGCUCCACCAAUACUGGGCCAGAAGUCAAGAACCUAAAGAUUACAGAACUUCCAGUGGAUGAGAGAGGAUUGAAAGAGGAGGAAAAACUUUAAUAUAAACACUGGUUUUCAAUGAGCAGGCUGCAAUCAGGCCCUUCAGUGACACAAAUAAGUUUCAGUAGAGCAUUAUAAACCAGGGAGGAGAAUCCAAAAGACUGAGGGAAAGGGAGGAAAAAAUUUAACAUUACUUCAGUAUGGAGACAUUUAAAACUGAGAAGGACAAAUAGAGCAAAGAGGAUAUGGUUUAACUGGAAAAGGCCAGAGGUUUAUAAACUCCCAACUUCUGGCACUAGGAAUUAGUUUAAUAUUAAAAACCCAUCCAUCUCAUCUCUGCUGCUCAAGACCAACAAGUUACAAAGGGCACUGUUGGCAUGUGGGGUGGGAAGAGGAGUUUUCUAAACAUCUCACAAAGAGGUAUGUUUCCAAAGAGAAGCAUCUACCACUGGAGACAGAAAGAAUAAAAAUCCAUCCAAAAGACUAGUAGAGAAGCAACAUUCUUGGCAGUGAAUCUGAUGCCUGAAGCAGUCUGUAUGUUAAACAAGCUGUAUGAGGGGCAAGCAAAACUUUAGCUCUUCCACUUGAAGGAAGGGGAGGAUACUACAGAUGUGGACAUUUUCCACUAAAAUACACUAUUUCAAAAUGGUGCUUACCAGGCUGCUACAAGAAGUUGAAACAGACAAAUGCCUCAAGUGGAACAUCUUUUUGAAGCCACAGGCUGUUUUCCUGCCUAAGUUUUUUUGGCCAGGUACAGACUCUGAAGUGAUUCAAAGGGGUUGUUGAAAGGCUCAGACUCACAAUUUAAAUCCCCAAUUAAGGGAGUUUCAUAUGAACUGACUGCGUUUUUUUAUUGUGAAGGAAGUUGUAUAGUGAAGUAAUUGCAUGUCAGAUUCCUAUGACAAUAUAAACAGCAGCAGUUUCAAAUGAAAUUGUCUUUGAAGAACUCAGCAUGUUUUCUCCUCCCAUUUUAAAAAUGAUUUCAGCCCCUUUCGGUUUUCUUACCAAACAUACCAGUCAAGCCUUGCUAGAGUUCUGGCUAGUGAAAUAAGCUGCUAUACCAAUGUGGUAUCUGCACGCCCCCCCCCCCCCCAAGUUAUUUCUAGGCCAAAUGUUUGCAAAUAUAAAACUAAGCUGUCUGCGAAUGUGUUGAUCUUAUAUUUUGAGGGUGAAUAACUCCCCAUCUCACUCACACUGUUCUUUAUGAUUACAUUGAAAUGUCUUAAUUACACCAGCCUGCAAAAUGGCAGCUUGCAGACAAUAUUUGGCAAAUUGGAUGUCAUAAUUUUCAAAACGAAGACAAUACUUGCACUUCCCUGCAUCAAAUAUUAUAUUUUGCAUUAUACUUCAGAAAAAAUAUUAUAUGAGUGUUAUUUAACAAAAACACUCCAAAAUAUUUACAGAAAUCCAUAUUACUCUGUUAUAGGCUAUUAUAGAGGCUUCCUGGGUCAAAAUAACGAGCACCAGGUGAAAGCUGACCCAAGGAAGGAACGUAACUAAAAUUAAUAAAAGUUUUGAAUAAAGCCCUCCAGCAUAUGUCCCUGUCUGACUAUACCAUGCUGAAACAAAAUUAGUGGCGAGUUGGAAAAUAAAGCUAAUUAAAGAUAUCUGAGGAUUGCUAUACAGGGAUUUAUCAGCCCCCCCCCCCCCAUACACACUUUCCAGAAUCUACUCCACCUCACAACCCCACCAUCUGCUUCAAACCUGUUUUUCAGCUCUUCAGGUGGUGCUGUUAGCAGAGGAAGGUUUAAGGGCUGAAAACUGGUGGGCUUUCUCCUCAAACAGAAGCAAAUUCAUCCUUCCAUUUUAAGCACAGAACCCCUAAGUUAGAAGGCUCCUAACUCUCACAAAAUUGUUGGCAUCGAAACAGGUGGUUAACACAUGACAUAGACACAAAUCUUUAGGCCAGCAUGUAGCACUGGUUAAUUUAAGGGUCAUGUAGCCAUACAGAACAUUUUCCUCCCAGAUAUGGGUUUGGGCCCAUGGGAAGAAUUUCAGCUCUCAUUAGAGGGCAGCUGGUUGAAAGGGGUCGGAAUGCAGUGUGUCUGCUUUUCAAGUGAGAGAGAGAGAUAUAAGCCUCUGCUGUUCUGUAUAAUUUGUACAUACUAGAGUAUUAAAGGGGGUAAAUCUCUAUAUUAAUUAAAGGUAGGGUUUCUUAAGGUUUCAGUUCAAUGACAAAAGAUCUUAAUAAAUAAAAAAAUUAAAAUGGU